UUAACAAAGAUUAGUUAUGGCCAAAAUAUUACCUCACUCCUCCACGCGCCAAAGUUACCCAAUUUCUUAUGUGUUUCUUCUUCUUAUAUGUAAGACCUUCGUCCCAAUCAACUCUCACAACCUAAAAUACUAAACCUCUCACACAGUUUUCUCCUAUUCUCAUCGACUCCAUCAUCCACCAUGGACUGGAUCAGAGGUCGUACCCUUGGCCGUGGCUCUUCUGCAACUGUCUCCCUCGCUAUGUAUGGAGAGUCUGGUGAGGUUUUCGCCGUGAAAUCUACCGAGCUCUCGAGAUGGGAGUUCCUACAAAGGGAGCAGAGCAUCCUUUCUCUGCUCAAGUGUCCUCACAUAAUUGGGUACCUUGGCUGCGACGUCACAAAUGAGAAUGAUCAGCUCCUCUACAAUCUCUUCAUGGAGUAUUGCUCCGGAGGCACCCUCACUGACGCAAUUCGGCGCCAUGGUGGUCGCCUCGACGAGUCUGCGAUCAGGUCUCAUACUCUAGCGAUUCUGCAGGGAUUGGAUUACCUUCACUCUCGUGGUCUCGUGCAUUGUGACAUUAAGGGUCGGAAUAUCUUGAUUGGGCAAAAUGGAACCAAAAUUGCAGACUUGGGUUGCGCGAGAUGGGUUGGGGAACAGCCCCCGGCGAUGCCGAUUGCAGGAACCCCUGUUUUCAUGGCACCUGAAGUGGCUCGAGGUGAGGAACAGACUUUCCCUGCCGACAUCUGGGCUCUUGGUUGUACUGUAAUUGAGAUGGCCACAGGACGUCCUCCAUGGCCGGAUGUUGCAGACCCUGUCUCUGCGCUUCACCAGAUCGCAUUCUCCUCUGCUUUGCCGGAUUUCCCAAAUUUCCUGUCAGAGGAAGCAGAGGACUUUCUGGGCAAGUGCCUCAGGAGAGAUCCAAAUAAACGAUGGACCGUUCAGGAGCUUCUCAAGCACCCAUUUCUCGAAGAGGGUUGCGGCGUACAAUUGAAUUUGAAGAGAAUUCAGAGCUCUACCUCUGCAACUUCUCCCAUGAGCAUACUUGAUAAAGGCUUCUGGGACUCAUUGGAGGAGACAGAGAAGGAGAAAGAAACAGGAUUCAUAUUGGGUUCUUCUCCAAAUUCGCCGUCAGAAAGAAUCCGGCGACUGAUCGGAGACAUCCAAUCAAGGCUUCCCGAUUGGACAUGGGACGAUGAUUGGGUCACAGUCAGAAGAAACCACCACGAAGAACACGUUGUUUCCAUGGGCCAUGAUCAAACAGUGAUGCCCAAAGACGAAUACGAGGAGACUAGUUGGUCAGCCGCAUAUACAGACUUGAUUAGUGAAGAAGAAGAGCUGGAGUUGCUUGGAAGAAGCAGCCCUGUGAUUGAUGAACAACCCAAUCACUACCACUACCCUGUAAAUAGAAAUUACUUUAGUAGUAACACUCAGAGAAGCUUCUCAAUAGCCUGUAAAUGUGUUAGAGAUGUUGCUUUAAUUUGUGAUCCCAAUUAUGAUGUUAUAGAGGAAAAUAAAUUUUUAGUUUCUUCAAUUUCAAUUCUCUUAUAACCCAAAA